AUGUUUGGAUUAAAAACACCACACUUCUACCUAUCAGGAAUCAACACCUUUGUAAAGCCCUGCGGGACGGCUGCUGUUGUGAUUUGGGUUGACAAUAACCAACGAAGCAAAAAUCCAAAACCGUGUAGUAACCCAGUGGAGCAGAGCAGAGGGUUUGUGGAGCCAGUGUUGUGGGCCAUAAUGUCAAAAGCAGUGAUCAGCGGGGGCCGACCUGGCACUGAUGCGUGGUUCCCCUCUCACCGCUGA